AUGUUGGACGGCGGGUUAGGUAAAUUGCAGAAGAAGAUGCGGGGGAGGUUUAAUGAUAUGUUGACACCGGAGGACGCUUUUUUGAGCUUGACGAGAGAAGAUAUGCAAACUCUCAAGAAUGACUGGCUCACGGAUAAUAUCAUUUCAUUUUGGGAGGAAUAUCUUGAGCAUGAAUUUCUCACCAAAUACCAAUCCUCCAACAUCAUCCUCCUCCGACCCAGCAUGUCCUUCAUGCUCGCUCAAACUCGCGAUCCUCGGACCCUCCGUGAGGCCCUCCCUGACUUCUCUCGUGCCACCCACGUUUUCCUCCCUAUCAAUGACUGUCGCAAUGUUAUGCAAGCAGAAGGCGGCUCGCAUUGGUCGCUACUACUUAUUUCCGUCGUUGACCGAAUUGCAUUCCACUAUGACUCACUAUACCAAGGGAAUCAGUGGGAGGCUGCAGAUGUGACGAGGAAGUUCGGGGCUUUGUUGAAUGUGCCUAUCAGCUUUAUGCAUCUUCGUGACUCACCCCAGCAGGAUGGUGGCAGUGACUGUGGUGUGUUCGUGUGUCUUAAUAUGCGGCAUCUCCUUCUCAAGCGACUGCUCAUGGCCAGCGCACACGAGAAAGUGAGCAUGAGUCUCGGGGGACGGAAGGUUGAUGCGGCCGGAGGACGCAAGGAGAUGGCGAAGAUCAUCGAGGGAUUCCGCAAAGAAGGCGAGCGACGACGAUCAACCAGUAUGAGCCGGAGCCCCAUGGGCAAAAAGUCCCGGAGUCCACCGCGGAUCGAAUAA